UACAUCUGCUGCUGGAAGUCUGCUGGAGGCGAUCAUCAGCUGACACGCACACACACACCGGGAGGGUGGAGUGACGGCAGGAGGGGCGGGCUGCUUGAAGAGCCCAUCAGAAGUUGGAGGAGCUGCAGAGAGACCAGAAGGGUGCGAGCUUGGAAAUGAUGGAAGCGGAGCAUUUGAGCGGUGGUGGGGGCAGCACGGAGGGCAAACCCUUGCGGGGCCACAGCCGGCGCUAUAGGAUUGCCUUGAUUGUAUGCGCUUGCCUCUGUGCGAUUCUGCUGCUUGCGCUCAUCGUGGUUUCCCAAAGAAGCAAACAGCAGCAGUUCUGUCUGACUCCGGAGUGCAUCGAGGCUGCUGGAGCCAUCCUAAGUAAAAUGGACAAAUCGGUGGACCCUUGCGAGGAUUUCUACAUGUUCUCCUGCGGCGGCUGGUUGGAGAAUAAUCCCAUUCCCGAAGACUCGUCCACGUACGGGAUCUACCCGUGGCUUCGCCAGCAGGUGGACCUGCGGCUCAAAGAGUUACUGGAAGCUCCCACUGAGGCUGGCGAGUUAGAGGCGGUGACCAAGGCCAAGGUCCUCUACCGCUCCUGCAUAAACGAGAGUUUACUGGAGGAGCUGGACGCACAGCCCAUGCUGAGGACGCUGCAGGAGCCCGACUUCCGCUGGCCCGUUUUAGGCGAGGGCCUAGGCGGCGAUUUCCGCUGGUCCGAGCGAGACUGGAACCUCCUGCGGACGCUGGCCCGUGUCAGGAACCGGCACAGCAAGAGCGUCCUCAUCCGCAUCUUCGUCUCCCCCGAUGACAAGAACUCCUCCAAAUACAUCAUCAAGCUGGAUCAGGCCUCCUUGUGUCUGCCGUCGAGGGAGGACUACAUCACCAACACCUCCGCUGCACAGACGUACCGCGCGGCAUUGUUGAGCUUGAUGGUGGACACGGCCAUGAUGCUGGGUGCUCCCCAGAAAGCGGCACGGGUCCAGAUGGAGGAAGUGCUAAACUUUGAGACCAAACUAGCUCAUAUGAUCAUUCCCUACGAGAACCGCACUAGCGAGAACAUGUACAACAGAUACACGCUGUCCCGACUUCAACGGCAGAUACCGCAGCUGGACUGGUUGUUCUUGGUCAAGUCGGUGGUGGAGUCCGACAGCGACCCGUCUCGCGUGGUCUCCUCCUCUGAACCUGUCAUCGUACGGGCGCCGCAGUACUUGCGGGACCUUGUGGAGCUCCUCAACGUCACCCACCCGAGGACGGUGGCUAACUACGUGCAGUGGAGAGCGGUUUUCUCCAAGCUGACCACCCUCAGCCGCCGCUUCCUCUACCGAUAUCUGGACUACGCCAGGGUUACCACGGGAACCACUUCUCUGACACCGCGUUGGGACAAGUGCAUCAACUACGUCGAGAACUCGCUCCUCUACGCCACGGGCCGCCUCUUUGUCGACAACCACUUCCAGGAGGACAAGAAACACAUGAUGGACGAGCUCAUCGACGGCGUUCGCUGGGCGUUCAUCGACAUGCUGCAGAAAGAGAACGGCUGGAUGGACGAGGCGACCAAGACGAGAGCCGUGGAAAAGGCGCACGCCGUCCUGGCCAAAGUGGGCUACCCCGAGUUCAUCCUCAACGACACCUACCUCAACCAGGACUUGAAGGAGCUGGACUUUGACGAGAACGACUACUACGGCAACGUGAUGCAGACGCUGAAGUUCAUCGCUCAGUUGGACGUGGCCUGGCUUCGAAAGACAGUCCCGCGCACGGAGUGGUUCACUAACCCAACCACCGUGAACGCCUUCUACAGCUCCUCCACCAACCAGAUCCGGUUCCCUGCCGGCGAGCUUCAGAAGCCCUUCUUUUGGGGCAAGGACUAUCCCAGGUCUUUGAGCUACGGCGCCAUCGGCGUGAUUGUCGGCCACGAGCUGACGCACGGCUUCGACAGCAACGGCCGUAAGUAUGACAAGGACGGCAACCUGGACCAGUGGUGGAGCAACUCAUCGGUAGCGGCCUUCACGGACAAGACUCAGUGCAUGGUGGAGCAGUACAACGACUACUACUGGGAGGAGGCGGGAUUAAAUGUCCGUGGGAAGAGGACGCUCGCGGAGAACAUCGCAGACAAUGGUGGAAUGAGACAAGCCUUCAAGGCGUACCGGCGCUGGGUGGACGAGAACCGAGGAGGUGCGGAGGAGCCGCUUCUGCCCGGCGUGGGACUGGACAAUAACCAGCUCUUCUUCCUGAGCUACUCGCACGUCCGCUGCAACGCGUUCAGAACCGAGGCCGCCAGGGACCAAGUGCAAAGUGGGGCGCAUAGUCCGCCAAAGUACAGGGUGAUCGGAGCGAUGAGUAACUUUCCUGAAUUCAGCAAGGCCUUCAAUUGCCCAGACUCGUCAACGAUGAACAGAGGGGUGCAGUCCUGCCGAGUGUGGUGACCUUAUUUUGUUUGUGAAACUCCUGUUAAAAGCAAAUUUGAAAUCUCACGAAUAAUGAAAAUGAAGAAAUCAAUUACAGUCAAUUAAUCACUCA